UUCCACCCCAGCCAAUAGUGAAAUGAUCAGAAGAAAUGUUUGACAAGUUUUGCUUUUGAAAGCAGUUACAUGUCCAUUUUCCUAAUCAAUAUUGAAAAGUAGGUUUAGGAUACGCGUUUGCACGAGUGAUACUGGCAAGAAUGGACGUUAAAACUCUGUUCCGGAUAUUUGCUGUGAUUUUACUAGCAGCAGCAGCAGCCUCGGGGGAGAUGCUGGCCGUCCCCGCGGGGAGGAUGCUGAUGGGGACCAGUGCGGCCGACGGCAGGGACGGGGAGUCGAACACCAGGGAGGUCUCAGUGCAGCCCUUUAGACUGGACCAGUACCCGGUCACUAACGCUGACUUCAGAGACUUUGUGAGAGCAGAAAAGUACAAAACUGAAGCUGAGACGUUUGGCUGGAGUUUUGUGUUUGAAGACUUCGUGUCAGAUGAAGUGAAAAGCAAAAUCACUCAGAGAAUCGAGUCUGCUCCCUGGUGGUUGCCUGUGGAGCGGGUGUUCUGGAGACAGCCUGCAGGGCCCGGCUCAGGCAUCAGGGAUCGGCUGGACUUCCCCGUGGUUCAGGUGAGCUGGAAUGAUGCUCGGGCCUUCUGCCAGUGGAGAGGCAACAGACUGCCAUCCGAGGAGGAGUGGGAGUGGGCCGCACGUGGAGGGCUGCAAGGUCGGACUUAUCCUUGGGGGAACAAGUUUCAGGCCAACAGAACCAACCUUUGGCAGGGCCAGUUUCCAGGCAAAGACACUGCAGAGGAUGGAUACCACGGCUCCUCCCCGGUUACAGCCUUCCCUCCUCAGAACAGUUAUGGACUGUAUGACAUGAUGGGAAACACAUGGGAGUGGACAUCAACACUGUUUUCAGCAGCGCGCCAGAUGUACGUGCUGCGCGGAGGCUCCUGGAUCGACACGGUGGACGGUUCAGCCAAUCACAAGGCUCGGAUUACCACCAGGAUGGGCAACACUCCCGACUCUGCCUCCGAUAACCUGGGAUUCAGGUGUGCUGCUGACGAGGACCAAGACAGAGCCGAGCUGUAGCAGCGAGCGCUCGUUUGAAGCUGCAGUCAUUCAUCAAUUGUUAAGAAAAUUCUAAUAUUUUUCAAAGUUGAUCACCAAUAAAAUGAGAACGAUAAAUUAAAAAUGAAUAAAUGCCACGCAGAGUUUAAUGUAGGACAAAGGGACCAGGAAGAAAUAGGAGAUGCAAACUAUAUUUCUCCUAUGGAGAACUCUGAAUUUUGUUUAUUUUUUAAAGAAUUUGACAAAGAAAAAGAGAAGAAAAAUAUGCAUAAAUAAAUACAUUA